UGGCUUUUCAUCUUGUAUGUCCCUCUCCUCUUGCUUCUACUUCUUCUCUUCGUCACUUUCUUCUUCUUCUGCUUCUGCUUCUGCUUCUGCUUCUGCUUCAUCUCUCAACAUUCACAAUGGCAGAAACUUUCCUCACUCCGGCCUUCGGCGAGAAGAUCGAGAGCGGAGCUGAAUACAUCCCCGUUGAGCUCAUCCCCAAGCAAAAGGACCCUCCGGCUUCGGACGACCCCAGUUUGAAGGCGUAUAUCUGCACCUAUCCCCCAUUGGGCCAGGUAACGCAGAUUGACAAGAGCACGACCGUGUUCACCGCCUUGCUCGAGGUUGACGAGAGUCGAGUUUCGGAUCCGUGGCAGCUCUCACUCUGGCAUUCUGAGGGGACGCAAUGGCAGGAAGUGCCCAUGGAUCCCCUGAGGAGCGUUGAGGCUCAUCCUGCAGCACUCCAAGGUUCAAAAACAUCCUCAGAUCCUGCUCUGACUCGUCGUCUCUGCUUCACGACUCCUCUGGCAAUUCAUCUGCCAACGAAUUUCACAAUUAAGAUCCGUGGAGGGGCUGGCCAGUCUUGGAAAUGGGUCAAAGACCAUCAGGGUACCGCAGAUGGAACUGUCAUGCUGAAGUCCGUGACAAGUCAAGAUACCAUUUCAAGUGAACUGGGAGAUUAUGUCCAGGGUCUCAACCCCGUCUUGAAAUCCAAGAACUACCGCAGCCAAGCACCCGGGACCACACUUUGGUCUGUUGAGACACCCAUUGAAGCAGCAGAUGGCGAGAAGUCAAGGGUCCAGCACAUCAAGUUUGGCUUACCGUGGGGCCAAGGAAAGCUUUCAAGGUGGUUCGCUCUCGUUCGGAUCUGGACUCCAUGGUUAGCCCCUCGGCAAGGAAAGACUGAAUUUGGACUUGACAAGGAGGCUGUCAUGUGCUCCUUUCUCAGUCUCACCGGGAGGCAUUUGGUUCUGCUUGGCAUUAGCGGGGUUGACGAUGUCAUGACCAUGUUUACAAGUGACAGCGAAGGCAACGUUAUUCUGCGAAUCAGAAAUGACAGUGUGAAUGCUGAGACUUCAAGAGUUCUCGUUGCCCAUGGUGACAAUUUUGAAUCUGCCAAUGCGGCAGUGAUGUACCAUGCGAGGGGCAUUGUUGCUGCCCGUGAAACUGUUACUAGAGAACAACAGAGAGAGUUCGAAGCUAUGAAAGAAGGUGACGAGUCAACGAAACGUUGGGCUGAGAAUUGGUACGAUGGUUUAACUUACUGCACUUGGAAUGCUCUUGGACAACGACUCACUGAAGAGAAAGUUCUCAAGGCAGUGACAACACUUGCAGAAAAUAACAUCAACGUAACCAAUUUCAUUAUUGAUGACAACUGGCAGUCGAUCGACUAUCGAGGCGAUGGUCAAUUUCAGCAUGGUUGGGUUGAGUUUGAGGCUGAGCGAAAUGCAUUCCCGAAUGGCUUGAAAGGAAUGGUAACAAAGAUCCGAGAAAAGCAUCCAAGUAUCCAGCAUAUCGCUGUCUGGCAUGCCCUUCUAGGUUAUUGGGGCGGUCUCGCUCCUGACGGGAAGCUGGCGAAAACAUACCAGACCGUCGAAGUUGUCAGAGAGGAUGCCAAGAGGAGGAAUCUGCCUCUGGGCGGAAAGUUGGUAGCUGUCGCGAAAGAGGACGUACCAAAAUUCUACGAUGAUUUCUAUCGAUUCUUGUCAUCUUGUGGAGUCGACGCCGUCAAGACUGACGCCCAAUUCAUGCUUGACACUUUCAAGUUUGCGAUAGACCGCCGAGAACUGAUAACCACAUACCUCGAUGCCUGGGCCGUCUCGACACUUCGGCACUUCAGUGUAAAAGCGAUCUCUUGCAUGUCUCAGACUCCUCAAAUCCUCUUUCAUUCCCAGAUGCCACAGAACAGGCCCCCAAUUUUAGUCCGCAACUCCGAUGAUUUCUUCCCGGAGAUACCCUCCAGCCAUCCGUGGCACAUCUGGGUCAACGCCCACAAUGCUUUAUUCACUCAACAUUUGAAUCUAAUCCCGGAUUGGGACAUGUUCCAGACAGUCCACGAUUAUUCGGGCUUCCACGCCGCAGCUCGUUGCGUCAGUGGUGGCCCGAUCUAUAUUACGGAUGUCCCAGGCCAGCACGAUCUGGAUUUGAUCAACCAGAUGGCUGGACCUACCCCGCGGGGAAAGACCGUCAUCUUCAGACCAAGUGUGGUAGGAAAGAGUUUAGAUCCGUACAAUGGAUACAACGAUAACAAGCUGCUGCUCGUUGGAACGUAUCAUGGCGGGGCAGUCACGGGAACCGGCAUUAUUGGCUUCUUCAACGUUUCCCAACGACACCUCAGCGAGCUGAUACCUCUUUCGAAAUUCCCCGGCGUUGUUGAAGCUCAGUACUACAUAAUACGUGCACACUCCAGCGGUCUUGUCGCGAAGCCUAUGCAAAUGGUUGAUAAAAAUGCCCUGAUCUACAUAUCACUCGGCGUCCGAGGCUAUGACAUCCUGUCAUCAUACCCGUUACGCGGCUUUGUUGAUGAGAAGAAGAACGAGACAACAUGGAUUGCAAACCUAGGUCUGCUGGGUAAGAUGGCCGGCGCAGCUGCGAUUGUCGACAACCGAAUUACGAAGUUAGAGAACGGGAGGAUUUCUAUCGAUACGGACAUCAAGGCUCUUGGCACUCUCGGACUCUACAUUAGCACACUCCCACAGAUAUCGUUCAAACACAGCUUGAUGAUCACGAUUCAAGGCAAAGUCUUGCCAGUUCACACAAUCAGCAUCAGCAAAGUGAGCGAGUUCGUACUCGAGAUUGAUGUCGAAAAGGCAUGGGCAGAAAUGGAGCUUGAAAGCGGAUGGAGCAAUGAAGUUGAGGUCAAGAUUUAUAUCAAUCCCGCCAAGUAGAUGAGAAGAAGCCAAGUCUGCAGCGUGGCUUGAUAGGGCAGCGGUCAAGUAUGCCGGCAACAAGACUAGAGUUGCUUAAAGAUUGGGAGCUCUCAGCCAGCAAUCGUGCACCAAAAUAGAUCAUGAUUCGCUGC